AUGCGAGUAGGCUGCGCUGCGAACGUGAAGACAGGCAUGCAAUAUACACAUCAAUCAUUCCGUACCCUUGCAUUGACGACAGCUCUCCCACGCGCCACCUCGGUCCACGCUUCACCACACGGCGCAAGAGCGCAACAUCACCACCCAUUCGUUUCCAAGACUGCCUGCGCCUACUGUAGAGUAGAUAGCUGCAUCACACGUUCGAUAUACGUCUACGUAGCACACUUCCUUGAAAUUCAAUACCGUUCAAAACAACACGGCGCCGAGGCGCAAAACCGCCCCAAGAAGAUGACACCGCGGUGCUCACGGCCACGGCGUGCGACAGUAAUCGGCCUCUUCGCACUCUUCGCUGGCCCCGCUCUGGCUGGACCAGAUCUCACAUCAAAACAUGAGGCUGGACGAUGCGCGAUAAGGGGACAUUGCGGCAAACAGGGCUUCUUUGGCUCAGACCUGCCCUGUCCAGACAACGGCCUCGCCACAACACCAGAAGCCGGCGUGCGCAAGAAGCUGGUGGACAUUUGCGGCCCACAGUGGGCAGACACAGACGUGUGCUGUGUUGAAGAACAACUCGAUGCGCUCAAGACGAAUCUCGACCGCGCCACACCCAUCAUCAACGCUUGUCCGGCCUGCAAAGAGAACUUCUACAACAUGUUCUGCACCUUUACAUGUUCGCCUGACCAGUCACUCUUCAUCAACGUCACACAAACCGAGCCCAAGGGCGACAAAUUUUUGGUCACCGAGCUGGAUAACUUGGUCUCAGACAAGUACGCGUCGACCUUCUACGACAGCUGCAAAGACGUCAAGUUCGGUGCGACGAAUGGCAAGGCCAUGGACUUCAUCGGCGGAGGCGCCAAAAAUUACACGCAAUUCCUAAAGUUCCUUGGAGACAAGAAGUUCCUAGGCUCGCCAUUUCAGAUCAACUUCCCUCGACCCAGCAAGAAUGCCUUCCCGGGCAUGGAAGCCAUGGACAAAGAUGCUUAUCCAUGCGACACUGACGACGAAUUGUACCGCUGCGCCUGCCUGGACUGUGGCGGAUCAUGCACCGAGCUGCCUGAAGUGCGUGAGGAGAAGAAAUGCUACGUCGGCCUCCUACCCUGUCUUUCGUUCACCGUCAUCAUCAUCUAUUCUGCCAUCAUCGGCCUUCUUUGCAUGGCCGUUACUCUUCACAUUGGUCUCAAGAAGCAUUCGCAGAACAAGAGCGAAAGGAUGCGCCUCCUGCACGACCUUGAACCAAGCGAUGAUGAGGAUGAAGGCGACAUCGUGCACAACGUGGGCAUGCUCGAUCGUCCCACCAAACAUUACUUCAUCAACACUUGGUGCGAUCGUACCUUCAGUCGCCUUGGUUACAUAUGCGCUCGCUUCCCAGUCAUCACCAUCGUCACCAGUAUCAUCGUUGUCGGGCUUAUGAGUCUGGGAUGGAUGAGAUUUGAGAUUGAAACUGACCCUGUCAACCUAUGGGUUUCACCCGAUUCGGCGGCCGCACAGGACAAGGCAUUCUUCGAUGAAAAAUUCGGACCCUUUUUCCGUGCAGAGCAAGCCUUCCUCGUCAAUGACACCAACGAGAGCUCAGGCCCUGUGCUGAGCUAUGAAACCCUUGACUGGUGGUUUGGUGUGGAAAGCCAGAUUCAACGUCUGAAGUCUUACAAGACCGGCAUAACAUUAGAUCAAGUCUGCUUCAAACCCAUUGGCGACGCAUGCGUUGUUCAGUCUGUGACAGGAUACUGGCAGGGUGACUUCGCCAACGUUGGCCCGGACAGUUGGGCCGAAGAACUCCAGGAGUGCGUUAAUAACCCUACGCAAUGUUUGCCGACAUUUCAGCAGCCACUUGAUCCCCACGUCAUCUUUGGCGGCGUCAACGAGUCAGUCUUGGACGCGAAAGCACUUGUUGUUACGUGGGUCGUCCAAAACCACCCCAAGGGUACUCCAGAAGAACAAAAGGCCAUGGACUUCGAGAACGAGCUUAAGAACUACCUGGAAUUCGUUGCCGAGGAUGCGAAGAAGAAGGGUCUGCGACUAAGCUUCAACACUGAAGUCAGUCUCGAACAAGAAUUGAACAAGAGCACGAAUACCGACGCCAAGAUUGUCGUGAUAAGUUACAUCAUCAUGUUUUUGUAUGCCUCGCUCGCGCUCGGGUCAACAACACUUACUGUGCGUUCUGUUCUCCGCAACCCGGCAAAUGCUUUGGUGCAGUCGAAAUUCAUGCUCGGCAUUGUUGGUAUCCUCAUCGUCCUGAUGUCAGUGUCGGCUUCAGUCGGACUGUUUUCCGCAGCUGGAAUUAAGGUCACUUUGAUCAUCGCAGAAGUCAUUCCUUUCUUGGUGCUGGCUGUCGGUGUCGACAACAUUUUCCUCAUCGUACAUGAGUUUGAGCGUAUCAACCUCAGCCAUCCCGAAGGUAGCAUACCGGAACGCGUUUCGCGCGCACUAGGACGGAUGGGACCUUCUAUCUUGCUCUCUGCGCUCACUGAGACGACUGCUUUUGCCCUCGGUUGCGCAGUUGGCAUGCCUGCCGUGCGCAACUUUGCUGCAUAUGCUGCUGGAGCUGUCUUCAUCAAUGCUGUUCUCCAGGUGACUAUGUUUAUCGCUGUUCUUUCCCUAAACCAACAGCGGGUUGAGCAGAACCGCGCUGACUGCUUCCCCUUUGUACGUGUUUGGCGCGCAGACCCUGGCUAUCUUAAUGGUGGUAUGGGCCAUGGUACGGGAGAGGAAGGCUCUCUUCAGAGGUUCAUCCGUAAGACUUACGCUCCUGCGCUGCUGGGCAAGAAGACGAAGGUUGGCAUCAUCACUAUUUUCUUCGGCAUCUUCACCGCCGGUCUGGCGUUGUUCCCUAGUGUACAGCUUGGUCUCGACCAACGUAUUGCUAUUCCCAGCGACUCGUACUUGAUUCCUUACUUCAAUGAUCUUUACGACUACCUUGACGUUGGUCCACCGGUGUAUUUUGUCACCAAGGAACUCAAUGUGACGCAACGCGCGCCUCAGAAGGAGCUCUGUGGACGCUUCUCCACUUGCGAUCGCGAAUCCUUAGCCAACAUCAUCGAAGCUGAACGUAAGCGACCCGAAGUAUCCCAUCUCGCUGCGUCCGCCGCCAAUUGGUUGGAUGAUUUUUUCCUCUGGCUCAAUCCCGAGAACGAGAAGUGUUGUGUUGAUCACGGUAAACCUUGCUUCGUAGAUCGUCAACCGCCCUGGAACAUGACUCUCUCCGGCAUGCCUGAAGGCGAGGAAUUCAUCCACUACCUUCAGCGCUGGAUCCAAGCCCCAACUAAUGAAGACUGUCCCCUCGGCGGCAAAGCAGCCUACUCCGAUGCUCUUGUCAUUGACGCCAAGCGCUUGACCAUUCCAGCAUCACACUUCCGUACCUCGCACACUCCCCUCCGAUCACAGAGUGAUUUCAUCUCUGCAUACACAGCGGCUCGCCGAGUGGCACGAGAGAUUUCACAAGAUGUGGAUGCGGAAGUCUUUCCAUACUCGAAAUUCUAUAUCUUCUUCGACCAAUACACAUCCAUUGUUCGUCUUGCCGGUGCCCUUAUCGGCUCUGCCCUCGCCGCCGUACUCGUCAUCACCAUGAUUCUCCUUGGUUCGCUGGCUACGGCUCUGGUCGUCACGCUUGUUGUCGGCAUGACAGUGUCUGCUAUCAUCGGCUCCAUGGCCAUUCUUGGCGUUUCUCUCAACGCUGUCUCGCUUGUCAACCUUAUCAUCUGUGUGGGCAUUAGCGUAGAGUUCACAGCGCAUAUUGCACGCGCGUUCACAUUUCCUUCACGUGCGACGAUGGAGAAGGCUCCGAGACAUCGGUUCCGCGGCAAGGAUGCAAGGGCGUGGACAGCCAUGGUGAAUGUAGCGGGGAGUGUCGUGAGUGGGAUAACGGUGACGAAGAUCUUGGGGGUCGGUGUGUUGGCGUUUACGAGGAGCAAGAUUUUUGAGGUAUAUUACUUCCGUGUCUGGUGUGCACUGAUUCUCUGGGCCUCGACACAUGCCCUCAUCUUACUGCCCGUCCUUCUCUCCAUCGUGGGCGGAAAGGGCUACGUGGAUCCGGAGAGCGAGGGCGGAUUGGAGCAGGAUUUGAGGAGUAGACAGUAUCCUGCAUUGCUGGGAGACGACGACGAAGAGUACGACAGCGAGGAUUAG